CUCUAUAUAAAUUGCAUACUUUUUCAUAAUAAUAUAAAAUUAUUCCGUUUCGUGAUAGCUGAAUAUUGGUCUGCGUUAUUUUUGUGCGCAUCGUGUUGAAACUGAUGUAAAAUAAAAUUUUAUAUUUAGCAAAUAGCACAGAAUCAAAUAGUAUUUUAAAUAAUUUAUAGUACAUUAUUGAUAUUGAUAAAGCACAGAAUAUUUUUAUUCAAAGUGGUAUUAUAAUCUUUCUUCGUGCGAAUUCAUAUUGAAAAGUCGACAUGUUUACAGUCGCGAGCAACAAAGUUCAAUAUAUUAAUUUAAUACGAAACAGUGCGUUUAAAUAAUUUAUAUUGUUAAGUGUAUCGCUGUUUAUUUUGCGUGAUCAAAAUAAUUUUUUCAAGGAAUAUUACUUAUGAAUUACAUUACAAUGAGUUCUAAAGCAAUGUCGAUUGAUCAAACGUGGAGAGGAGUACAAUUGUCCCAGAUACAUGGAUCCGAUUCUCCUUGGGGAUCCCCAGAAUUCCCCUUAGUCCGCCCGGGCUUCAAUCAUACAGUGCUGUAUCACAUCCCCAGUCAUGGUGAUUUGGAAAGACCUCCAAAACCUCAAAUAGGACAAGAUAAAUGGGAUCAUGAGCAUGUGAGAAUGCCUGACUCCCAACAUAGCUUGUACCCUGUUGUUGAUGAAAAUGGUCAAAAGCAACUCAAAGAGCGAUGGCUGAUUAUAGAAGAAGCUUUAAGCAAGCCUAUACGGAAUAGUAAUGAAUUGGCAGGAGCAAUUCUAAAAUAUAAUACACAAUUUAAAGAUGUCUGGAAAUUUUCAUCAUUACAUCAUCUAUUAAAUGAACAUUUAGAAGAGGAGGAAUCAAACUAUUUUUUUGAUGUCACACUACCACAAAUAGCUAAGCUGGCUUUAGCCUUGCCAAAGCUUAUACAAUCAUCUAUACCAUUGUUGAAACAAGAAAAGAACAAAUCAAUAUCCCUAACACAACAACAAGUUUCGAGUUUGCUGGCAAAUGCAUUUUUCUGCACAUUUCCAAGGAGAAAUUCAAGGAAAGCCACAGCAGAAUAUUGCAAUUACCCGUAUAUUAAUUUUUCUAAUUUGUACAACAUGAGUCCCAAAGAUAGCACAUUGGAAAAGCUCAAAUGUAUUUGCCAUUACUUCAGAAGAGUCUGCACUAAAGUCCCAACAGGUGUGGUCACGUUCACGCGCCGCUACGUCCCGCCCCGGGACUGUCCCGACUGGGGACGGUCCCAGAACACGAUAGCUAGUGUCCCACUGUAUGUGGACAGUGAAACUAUCAUUGAGGAUAUGGAUGGACUAAUUCAAGUGGAUUUUGCUAAUAAGUUCUUAGGGGGUGGAGUGCUGGGGGGAGGCUGUGUGCAAGAAGAAAUCCGUUUUGUCAUCUGCCCAGAACUGCUUCUGUCCAUGCUCUUCACAGAAGUACUCAAGCCGACGGAGACAUUAUUCAUAAUUGGCAGUGAGCGAUACAGCAACUACACGGGCUACGGAUCCAGCUUCCAGUGGGCGGGAGACCAUGUAGACCAGACUCCGUUCGACUCGUCGUGCCGUCGCCGGUGUGCCGUCCUGGCUAUGGACGCUCGGCCUUACUGCAGACCUAGCAUGGAGUGGAAGAAGGAGGCUAUCCUCAGGGAACUUAACAAGGCGUGGGUCGGCUUCUCCACGUACACGGACGACGGCCCCGGCGUGCAGUACCCCGGCGUGGCGACGGGCAACUGGGGCUGCGGCGCGUUCGGCGGCACCGCCACGCUCAAGUCCGUCGCGCAGCUCGCCAGCGCGGCGCACGCGCGCCGCCCGCUCGCCUACUGCACCUUCGGCGACGAGCGCCUGCGCGACUACCUGCGGGCGGUGUACGGCGCGCUGGCGAGGCGCGGCGUCACCGUGGGUCAGCUGUUCAACAUGAUAGUUAAAUAUUGCGAAACGUGCAACGCUAAAGAGACUACGUUACAAUCGUUCUUAGAAAAGGAAUUAGGUGAGACACCCUCUCCACAUCCUAUGUUCGUUGAUAAUUCACAACCGACAGUGGAACAAGGCACAAAACAACAAGAAACUGUGGAAAAUAAUAAAAAAGAAGGGGAAAUACUAUUCGAAAGCUUUGAGUUCGAAGACGAAUUGUCGCCGGAUCUAUUUGAAGAUGAUGAACCCAACGUUGUGGAAGCUAGCGUUUCUUCAGAUCCUAAGAAACUUUUUACUGAAUUGGAUAAACAAGAUGAAGCGAGUGGCAAAUUAAACCUUAACGGUCCAAGGAGUUCCACAGAGGCAAUGGAUGUGGAGGUGUCGCCAAAAGUGAAAAAAAUAAUGACGAAAAAAAUCACGGAUUAUUUCAAG